AUGCUGCGCAGAGUAACUUCACUUCUUAUAUAUUCAACUUUAUUGUGCAGCAUAAUCCUCAUUCCACAUGUACACAAAUUUAACUGUAGAUAUAUGGGGAAAGACUAUUUGCAGGAUUUAUUAGAAACAGGUAUAUUUGAAAAAAACACAACAAGAAUAAAAAAGGAAGUAUAUGAAAAUAUAAACCACACCCAUUACAAGUAUUCAUUAUGUAAAACAUGCAUAAAAUUGAUACAACUUAUAAAAAAAAUAAUUAAAAAUAAAAAAGAGACAUAUGUAGAUAUAGCUAUAGAGGACACAUUAGAAAUUAAUUUAUGUGAUUCAAAAUUGUGGCAUGAACAUUUUAAUUACGACGAGUUAUUGUAUAAUGAACAUGUUGUUGAAUACUGUAAAAAUACUUUAAAAAUUAUUAAAGAAAAAAUAGAGCAGUUUAUAUAUCAAUUAUAUGAUCAGGAGGAAUUAUUUUAUCAAAAGGUUUGUCUACACAUUAAUCAAAUUUGUAAAAUAGCCAUUCAAGAAGAACAAAAUAAUUUCAGUAACUCUGCAAAAAUUAAAUUAAUAUACGAGGUUUAUUCCGAUUAUUUAACUGCAGAAGAAGAAUUCAAUAGAACGAGCAAAGGAAUGCCAUAUAAAAAAAUUGGAAAUGACAAAGACUCAAAAUUAGCACUCAAAAGAACAAAUUAUGCAAUUGUCCAAUCACAAAUUAGGACAAUGUACCAAAAGAAAUUGUCUGACGAUUUUGAAAGUAACAAAUUCAAACUAAUCAAAAUUAGCAAGCUUGAUGAUAAUGUACUAGAAGUUUUCCUGGGGAUGCGAGAGCAAAACAUGUUUAAGUUCUUGUUUUAUUAUCCUAUUCUGGAAAUUAAAAUUAAAAUACACCGAGCAUUGGACGAUUCAGAUAUUCUUCUUCAGAAUUACGAGAAUGAUUUAAUUACAGAUGAUAACAAUUUUUUGUUAUAUAAACAAUACACUAUAAAUAAAUUAUAA